CGGUGCACGCUUCGCGCGUAAAACACAGUUCAAAAUUCGAACCACGUCUUGCGCACCGCAAUUCACUUUUACUUUUUCCGCUCUUAUAUAAUAUUUAAUUCGUUAUCUGUGCUGCGUUUUGGUCUUUUUAAUUGUGAAUAUAAUAUUUGAAAAAAAGUUAUAAUUAACAUGUUAAUUCAUAGUUGAAGUUGUGAUCAUAGUGUUGUGCUAAUGAUUGCAGUGAUAGUGAUACCAUAGGGAUGCGAGUUUUUAACUCGUUCAGACAAGUCAGCUGAUCUUUGUUUGUCAGCAGGUUCUACGCGCGACAUAACACAGUGUACAAUGCUGCCUGAAAAUGCAGGUGGCUGCAUCAACAAGGCUUUCGAGAGUGUAGACGAUGGGUUCCAGACCAUCGACCUGCGCAUCAGGAGAGAGGACGGGGACAGGAAUGACAGAGAUGGAGAAUGGUCAGCGGAGCGCGAUCUCCGUUGUGGCUGGGGAGUGCUGCGACCAGCAUGGCUGCAGCGCUUUCGCACCGCUAAAUGGGCGCUAUUCUGGUUAUGCUGGGCUGGAGCAAUACAGGGAAUGGUCGUUAAUGGUUUCGUGAAUGUGGUGAUAACCACGAUAGAGAGGAGGUUCGGUCUCCGAUCGAUGCAGACUGGAGUCAUUGCUGGCGGGUACGACAUGGCAUCCUUCGCUUGUCUGGCUCCAGUCACAUACCUUGGAGGUAGAAGCAGUGCGUCCAAGCCGAGAUGGCUGGGCUGGGGCGUGCUGCUCAUGGGCAUUGGGUCCCUACUCUUCGCUUUACCACACUUCCUCAUACCACCGUACAAAGUGGCUGGCGAGGAACCGGACGAUCUGUGUAUAGUCAAUCAGACUGCGUCCAGCUCGUGGAAGGACGCGCCUGGGGAGGGCGGCGCGUGGGCAGUUGCCGUGUUUGUGGCGGCGCAGCUGUUACACGGCGCGGGCGCGACGCCGCUGUUCACACUCGGUGUUACGUACAUUGAUGAGAACGUGUCUAAGAAAAUGUCCUCUGUUUAUCUAGGUGUUUAUUACACAAUGGCGGUGGUUGGUCCGGCACUGGGUUACGUGGUGGGCGGUCAAAUGCUCAAAAUAUACACAGAUUUUGCCACCGUCGAUUCAGAAACGUUAGGCAUAACCCCUUUAAGUUCUUCUUGGAUUGGCGCCUGGUGGGUCGGCUUUAUAUUCUCAGCGGUGCUGUGUUUGGUCGUUGCCUUACCAUUACUUGCCUUCCCCUACGAGCUCCCAGGUGCUGCUGAAAUACGAGCGUCGAAAAUAUCUGAAGCACACGAAGGUGCAGCUACAAAAACAGCAGCUUUCAGCGCUCUUCGUGAACUACCGAAAGCGACUGCAGCGCUAUUUAAAAAUCCUACAUUUAUGUUUUUGAAUCUCGCCGGAGCGAGCGAAGGGAUGCUUAUAUCAGGUUUCGCAGCGUUUCUACCUAAACUAAUUGAAAAUCAAUUUGCUGUGAAUGCGUCGCAAGCUGCAAUGUUAUUGGGUGUCAUAACAGUGCCGGCGGGGGGAGGAGGGACUUUUCUUGGAGGCUGGCUGGUAAAGCGUUGGAGAUUGACGUGUGCGGGCAUUAUCAAGCUGUGUGUGGUCGCCACAUUACUGGCUGUAGUUUUUUCAUUUUCAUUCGUGCUCAGCUGUGAUAACUAUCCGUUCGCUGGUGUUACCAUACCUUACAACAGUCCUAGCGUCUCAGGCGGCGACCGGCUGUCGGCGGAGUGCAACGCGGGCUGCGCGUGCGGCGCGCGCGCGGCGGCCGUGUGCGGCGCCGACGCGCGCGCCUACGCGUCACCGUGCCGCGCCGGCUGCGCGCGCGCGCUGCCCCGCGGCGCGCACACGCUGUACCAGCGCUGCGCCUGCGUGGCGCCCGUCGCGCCGCUGCCGCUCUACUACGACGCAGAAACGAACACUUCGAUCCCGUACGAAGCCAUAAAUAGCACUUGCAGCUCCGAAUGUCCCUAUCUCUGGCUGUUCGUAUUCCUCUCGUUCUGCCUCAUGCUCUUCACGUUCGUAGCGACCAUGCCCGCACUCUCCGCCACCUUGAGGUGCGUGCGCGAGGAGCAGCGCUCGUUCGCGCUGGGCCUGCAGUGGAUCAUGGUGCGGCUGCUGGGCACCAUCCCCGCGCCGCUGCUGUUCGGCUUCCUCAUCGACCGCGCGUGCCGCCUGUGGGCCGCCGGCGCCUGCGCGCUCUACGACAACGUGCACAUGAGCAGGUACAUGCUAGCGCUCGCGCUAGCCGGCAAGUUGUGUUCGCUGCUCUUCUUCUUCUUCGCGUGGUGGUUCUACCGGCCGCCCGGCGGGAAGAGCGACAACGCCGUCGCCCCCGCCGCCGACGCGCCGGGGCGCGACAAGGCCAACGGUAGCCUGACGACGGUCACCACUGUAGCCAACGGUACUCUGGACAGAAGUAACGGUUACUGCAACGCAGCACUCGAGUGUAGUGACCAUUUGUGAAUGUGUCACUUUUAAUUUAGUCUAAGUGCGGUGUGACCUUUUUGUUUGAAGUGUCGGUGAUAUUGAAUGAGGCGGCGUUGUCUGACCUUAUUGAUGGCUUCGGAACUGCGAGAAACGAGAACACUGCGACUGAUCAUUCUUGAAACGUGAAAUACUGCGCGUUUCAGAUUAUUAUCUGAUAUCGAUAAUGGAUACACAAUUUAUUUGAAAUUUAAUGCUUAAUUGAUAAAUUAAACCUGCAACAUUACCAACGGUUGUGAAAUUUUGAUUUUUCAUCGUAGUAUUCAAAUGCAUUAAUGAAUCCCAUAAACAUUCUAAUUGUCUUGAAAACUGUGGUAAUAAUUACAAAGGUCACUCUAUAAGAUAUAUUUUAACGUGUACACUUUUUAUUGAACGUAUUAUUUUAUGAACAUUUGGACUUUUCAAAAAAGUUAUGUAUUAAGUAAUACCAAAAGUUUAAUAAUUCCACAAUCUCGCUACAGCUUCAUAACUCAUAACAUAGUUUUUGGCAGACCAAAUACAUGUAUGUAGGUGGAUAAUAUAUCUAAGUGGACUACUUAGAUAUACUUACUUCUGUAAUUAUUUAUAACUAUAAUUGAGACACUGAAUUGUUUUCAAUUUCACUUAGAUUUAGAAUUAGUAUGAGUUUAUUGUUAUAUAGGUAUCUGUGAUGUGGUAGUUUUACAAUUAUAUAAAUUUCGAAGAUCUUCUCUUGUUUAUAUAGAUUUAUAUAUAUAUAUGUAUUAUUUUCGAUAUUUAAAUAAAAUUUUCGAUUCUCGAACGCACGUAUAUAAAACCAAGUUCACACCCAGAAUCGCUGCUCAACUCUUCGCAGUUAUCAAUAUUGUUUAAUUUUUUUUUUUUUGUUUAGUUCUGUUUUGAGUAAGAAAUGUUGAUCAAUACAAAUCGAACCGUGCGAAUUAGGUUUUAUCAUAAUCGAUCAAUUCCUUGAUUAAAGAAUGACUAUUAGUUGUAUAAAAAUUGUAUAUAAUUUAAUAGUUAAUAUCGAUGUUUGAACUCAAAAUGAUAAUAAAAACAUUUAUCGUUUUAAAUUAGAAGACGAAUGUAAUUAUAUUUAUCAAUAUAGCCUUUCCUUCAUAUAAAGUAGGUACCCGAAGAACAGCUCUCUUAUGAUGGUGGCUGAAUGUAAAUUUUUAAUUACAACGAUCAAAUAUACAUUGAGAAUUGAUGUUCAGUUGACAAACAAUUGAUUAAGCUAAUAAAACUUAAUACCCCGCCAAAUUAAGAGAAAAAAUUAUUUGAUUUAAAAAUAAAAUACGGUAAACGAACAAAAACUGCUUAUAAAAGCACGACUAAAAGUAAUCAAACAAUAUAGAUGGCUAAAAAAAUUGAUUUUCCUCAUCAACUUGAGGGAGCUCCUCAGAACCUGACAUAAAUAUAUAUGUCACUAAAGCAGCCAUUUUGUUUUUGCACACAAGUAAAAUAUUAAACACAAUAAACAUGUAAUUAUUUUAGAAUAUCACAAAAUUAGACCACUUACUUAAUAAGUAAAUUUUAAUCUUUCUUCUUCUAAUUAAUUCUAGUUUUUCUUUUAAAAAUAUAUUUUUUUGUCAUUGCAUAGUUAAAUUUUAAAAACGAUUAUCAUACUUACUAAUCAAUAAUUGAAAAGUGAAACUAGGGUGAGGUAGGUAGACAACGUUAUCGACAUUUUUUAAAAUUAGAAUGGACCAUAAACCAUUAUACUAAUGUACUAGUAAUAGAAUUUGUAAAAUAUAUAGUACAAUAAUAAGCACAAUUUUACUAAUAUUUUUUUUUUUCAAAUAAUCUUAAGUACACUGUACCAACAUCUAAAUUAUUUGUUAUUUUUAUAUAAAUAAAGACUGAUUGUUCGCUUAGUUUUAACUAGAAAUAACGCUUUUGUUAUUAUUUUUAAUAUUAUGAAGAUUUGCACUUUGAUGUUUACUAGGCUUAGGAACUGUAAUCAUUACGCAUAAUCAAUCAUAAUAAUAAAAACAAAAAAAAAUCGAGCCAUUUUCGUUCGGGAUUGACAGUUGUAAUUUUUUAGCAGUUGAAUUGAAUAAUAUUAAAAAAAUAUUAAAGUGUCUUUCAUAGAUUCGUAGUUUAGUUACGAAUAUAUAGCAAGAGAACUGACGGCUCCCAGUAAUUUAUUUAUUGUGUUUUGAUCAUAUUGCAUACAUUUGAGGCUGAUGCUUAAAAUACCGUAUAAUGUACCAAUACCCAAAACAAAGACUGCUAAAGAGACAGACAUUCAGGUAUAAUAGAAACACGAUUUUUGGAGUAAUAUAUUGUUUCAUAUCAAUAUACAUCAUAUUACAAAAAUAAAAAAACUAAAAUGA